CAUUUUUGGAGAAAGCAGUCGUUAAUUUCACUGCGGCUGACAAAACCAAGUCCUGCUCUGGUUUGAGGCGUCAAACAGCUCUAGAAGUUACUGGGAAUUCUCUUGAAGUAACAGAGACACGCUGGAAUCCUUGAAACUCUCUGAGGAAUCACUCUGACAUCAGUGAGAAUGUCUGGAUUUGAAGAAAUUGGUAUCGCUGGGCCAGACCAUCUGCGGGAAGCGCUGACUAAUUGCACUGAUCCCCAACAGGCCAUCGAAGACUUCCAAGCAGAGAAUGGAAUCCUCUUACCAACCCUCCAACCAGCCUUACCCUUACUAGACCUUCACAACAUUCGUAGAUAUGAAUUCCAUCGCUCCAUCAUGGAAGAACUUCGACAACAGCUCAUUGAUAAAUGCAGACAACUUUCUGAAGUCGGCAACAAGAAAUCCUACAAGACCAUCGAAGAGUUGCUCUCUAAAUGCUUCCCGCUCAUCCGGGUUAAAUCUGUUCAGCCUGUCGUCAUGGAAAUCAUGAAGCUUCUUCCAAGAGUUCCAUCCAAAUACCUAGCUGUCGUUGUAGAGGAUCGAGAGCUUUAUAAAUGCGCUUCGAUGGAAGUCAAACGCCAAAUCUGGGAGCAAAAUCCGUCCCUGUAUGGGGAUGAAGUCUCUCCCAUAUUAUCGGACUAUAUUAAAAGUAAAGAGGCCAUCCUAUUUGGAAGUGAAACCAUCAACUCUCACAUGUUUUUCUCAGUGACUCCUAAAACUCGCCGCCAGGGUGAAGUGGUUCAAAAACUCGCUCAGAUGAUCGGAAAGAGCAUCCGUCUGUAUGACAUGGUGUUGCAGUUUUUAAGGACGUUGUUUCUGCGGACGAGGACAGUCCAUUACUGUACACUGAGAGCGGAGCUGCUCAUGGCCUUACAUGAUAUGGAGGUUCAUGAGAUAUGUACAGAGGAUCCGUGUCAUAAGUUUACGUGGUGCUUGGAUGCCUGUAUCAGGGAGAAGUUUGUUGAUGAGAAACGAGCGAGGGAGCUACAGGGGUUCCUGGAUGGAGUGAGGAGAGGUCAAGAACAAGUACUUGGUGACCUGUCUAUGAUCUUGUGUGAUCCAUUUUCUAUUCACACCAUCGCUACAAGUAGCAUCAAAGUAAUGCAGCAACUAAUGAGCUCCGAAAAACUACCUAGGGAAAGUGCUGUACUAUUGCUAUUGCUCAGAAUGUUGGCAUUGGGUCUCGGAGCUUGGGAUAUGAUUGACAAACAGCACUUCCAUGAGCCCAAAAUGGAAAAUGACCUUGUUUUGAGAUUUCUUCCAAGUCUUAUGUCAUUGCUGACUGAUGACUACAUUCGUAAUAUCAACAGACGUAUCCACGAAACAGAAGACGAUCCCAAACUCAAGGAUGUCCCCGGUCAACUCCUGAAGUCCUCUCGUAAGGACCGCAUCGCUUCAACCCUCCUCCUUUACUACAUCUUACACAUCACAAGACAGAGGAACAAAGAUGCCCUCUUCAGGGUCCUCCCUAAGAUUACCAAGACAGAGAGCAACAUGUCUUACGAUGAUAUCUUCUUACAUCCUUUUAUGUCUCAGCUGGCGCUGAUGGGAGAGGAUUUCUCCUCAGUGAAUUUUUGUAACCUCAUUUUCGAGGAGUUUCUCCUUGGAUCUGGCAUUCAGGAGAAUGUUCUUAGACACACAUUGCGACUGUUGGAGUAUGUUUUCCACAAAGUGCCUUCGGAGAGGACGUCAAAGUUGAUGGACAGACUGGAGCCCAAAACAGAGCACAGUCAAGAGGUUCGAGACCUAUACAGUAAUGUCUUGAAGAAGAUUGAGGCAUACAUACCUAGUCCUGUAGCAGUCCCAGAGCCCCUGGAUUCCCCUCUGAUGAGUGUCCCUACACCUGCACCCCUCUGGACACCCCUCUGACAUGCCUCUGACACACCUACAACAAACACCCACAGCAUCUUGAUGAGAUUCAGAUUGAUACCCUGAUAACUCAAACUCCAUUUUUGCAAUUCACGUGAUUUAAACCACGACUACUGCUCACCCCAUGGCAAAAUUUUAUAAAACAUGUAACUUACAAAGUUCAGACAAAAUCUUGCUUGUCAGAAACAGGUUACUAGCCAACAUUCCAUAAAGUUUACACGGUUACCACUGCUACCCCACUCACUUUUUGCUUGGCAAAGACAUUUACUGGACAGACCCCUAAACCACAAGGGCCCAAUUUCAUUUAAAAGCUGUUAAGCAGAAAAUACAGAAAAUUGAUUUGCAAAGCACAGGGUUAGUGGGGCACCACUCGCAACAAUGUAAGUUUGAUGGUAGUUUGGCUGGUAACCUGUUUCUGCCAAGCAACUUUUGAUGGGUGCUUAGCAAGUUUUUUAGCAGGUUCUCUUCUGCUUUCCUUUUCUUUCUUGGGUUUUAUUUCACUGAAAAGCUUGUAGGGCGAUUUAGCAAACAUUUGUGUCCAAGUCAGUUUCCUGGUUUUUUGAAAACAAGUUGCCUUAAUGUAGAUUAACUUCUGCAUGUUACAAGCACUCAGAGAUUAUUGGACGUGAACCUUUGUUAAAGUAGUUUGUGUAAUUAAUGUGUCUAGUAUUUAUGACUGUUGACCAACCCAGACUAUCCCAAGUUCUUUUGUAAUCGAGCAAGAGUCUUUAGUUUGGGUUGGUCAACUUGAUGUACAAUAAUGUGUAUACAUGUAUAUAUUUACUGUUAAUAGACAAUGAAUGGCAGCAGUCUGACGCGAAGUACAUAGACUAAAAUAUUGUAUCAAUAAUUGUACAGGAAUCCUUUGCAAUAACGUCAUUGCACACUGGCUUCAUUGUGGAGGAAAUCUUUUGAAGAAUUCAGGUUGUUCAGCUUCUGACUGGCACCUGAACAAAGAUAUUAAAAAUGGUUGGAGACGGCCAACAGUAGGGCUGGAUAGCUCAGUUAAGUGUGGGCCUGUUACUCCAGAGGUUACCUGUCCCAAGUCCCGCUCUAGUCAAUCUUUCUUGGUCCGACACAAAAGUAGAGUAAUAGUUUUUCUGACUGGUGUUUUAUCUGACUACUCCCCACAUGGUGGUCUGGAUAGCUGCGUGAGACGCAUAUUGCAAGGGAGUCUGUACAUUCUGUUUCUGGUAUAAACCCCAAUCAAUUGGAGCCUUUUGGGGACACUAGGUGGCAGCAAGACUGGAACUAUUGUUCUAUAGACGAUGUGACCUCUGACGUCACUCGAAAACCAUA